CAGCUGAGGAGGCAGCUCAACUUCUCCACCGCGCGUCAUAAUCGCCAUAACUGGAACCGGGGAUACGGUCUGGGCUCACGGAGUGCCUGUAGCUGGGUGAAUCAGGAUGGGAGACAAGCCGAUUUGGGAACAAAUAGGAUCUAGCUUUGUGCAACAUUACUAUCAGCUGUUUGACACAGACAGAACUCAGCUUGGAUCAAUAUAUAUCGAUGCAUCAUGCCUUACGUGGGAAGGGCAGCAAUUCCAGGGAAAAGCAGCGAUCGUCGAAAAACUCUCUAGUCUGCCCUUCACAAAAAUAGCCCACAGCAUAACAGCACAAGAUCACCAGCCCACUCCUGACAGCUGCAUAUUGAGUAUGGUAGUAGGACAACUAAAAGCAGACGAUGACCCCAUCAUGGGAUUCCAUCAGAGCUUCAUCCUGAAGAACAUUAAUGAGGCGUGGGUGUGUACCAACGACAUGUUCCGCCUGGCGAUACACAACUUUGGCUAAUAAGCACCAUGGCUGUCAGGGAAAUGGGGGAAGGUGGAGAAUGGGGUGCACCGCCCCCAGUGAUGCCUGAACCUCUCAGUCUGCCCUUCAUUCAUCACUCUUUGAGAAAUGGCACCGGAAUCCAAGAAGUCAAUUCACAGAUAACGUGCAGGCACAUACAGUAGCGCCUCUACUCCGGCCGUGAGAAGUGUUUCUUUGCUGAAAGCCCACAGAUCCAUCAGUGACCCCUUUUUCUCCGCUGAUCUGCAUGAUGAUGGGGAGCUCGAAUCAGAGGACACUGACCAGGAGAAAAAAAGGCAUAUUAACCUCUGCCAGUUAAUAUUUACUUUUUAGUUGUUGAGUUUGACCUUGAACUAAUAACUGUCUUAACUGUCUACCUUUGCUUCAGUACCUAGUGUGUUUCAGCUUGCUUUUAGAGUAUGCUCCUUAAAAUUUAUGUUUUCUUUUUCUUUCUUCCUUCCUUCUCCCUCUGGAACAUUGGAGCCUCCAUUCAUUGUGAUGUCAGGUUGCUCUAACUAUCCAAAGAAACAUUAAACACCACCCAGACUCCUCCCCCCUUUCUCUUCAGACCAGUGUGCUUCCCGCCUUCUGCUCACUGCUCUCUGUGACAAUAAUUACCAAGCCACGAUACACAAUAAAACCUGACUUUUUCUUAACAAUGGCAUCAUCUUGUUCCUACCCAUGUCUGAUUUUGUACCUGCCUUUUCCUUUUACAUCACUGGUUUUGGCAUACUGCUUACUAUUUAUUUUUUCUUUGAAUAAGUAUACUUCAACAGAGAUUGCGAUGGCAGUUCCUCUAGGAGGCCACAAAGCUGGGGAAAGCACUUAACUUGCUAAAUGUGAAUGCCUGGAUAUGUAUUAAUUUUUACCAAAAAGUAUUUACCCAGCUAGUGGAAUAUGACAGGCUAAGGCAACUUGGCCUGUAGUAUAGCAAUUGUUUACAGACUGUACUUGUUUAGCUCCUGAUUCAGACAUUAAAUUCUUAUUUGGGAACUUUUCUUUUUCUAUUACUGCUACAACACAAGUGAAGUUUGUCUUUUAAAGGCAUUUAGUAAUGAUGAGGGACAAAGAAUGAAAUUACACUGUGGAGUCUUGACAUUGGCUCUGUAAGGUGUUUGUAGUUAGUCCAAAGAAAGAGGUUUCUCCUUCCUUUUUGCUUUAGAAAAGGUUCCUGCUUCUGAUAAACUAAAUGCUAACACCAUACAAGCUAUGGUGUUCUGUAGUGCCCUUCCUUUUGUUUCCCAAUUAAACCUUAAUUCUAUGUACUAUUGAGAGUAAGUAAUAUUAAUGAAAAUGAAUUUAGAAUUGAAAUUGUGAACAUUAAAUAAUGGUCUGGUGGAGUGAAGAGAGGCUUCAUAAAAUCAAGUUUGUUCUAGUGAUGUUACAGAGGGUAGCAAAAAAACACCUCUUGGGAGAUUAUAAAGGCUUCAUGCCAAAUGAUGGUACAGAUGUUGGAAACUACAUUUAGUGUGCUGUGGCUUUUGCACUGAAAUAUUCAAUACAUAGCGCAGGAAUUUCAGAUGUGCGCUGCCAUGUGAUUUGAGUCACUUUCUUACUUAUUUUUUCUAAUGGUUUUUUUUUUUUUUUUUUUUUCUCCAUGUUUUAUGGUCCUAGCUCUACUUUACAGAGAUGGACUCUUCAAUAAAUGGUAGUGGAAGAAAAUAGAAAUAAACUCAGAUGUUUCUUUAAAACAAAAGUAAGAAAUGCCAUGUAAUACACACCUUUUCAACUGCUGACAUGUGGAAAUAAAGGUGAUCAAAGUGAUA